UUUUUUUAUUCUUGAUUUAUACAACAUAAAAAAAUAAAUAAAUAGAUAUUUAUACAUCUUCCUUUCUAUACUUAGACAUUUUAAAAUAUGCCAGGAGAGAUUUUACCUAAAUCAUCAUUAUUACUAAAACCUCUUUUACCAAUCGAGAAUUCAUCACCCAAGAUUAUGGGUACAGGUGACUGGGUUCAAUUAGAGAAUAUAUCUUAUAAAGAUGAUAAAGGCAUUGAAAGAAAAUGGGAACGUUGUAUUCGAACAAAACCUGAACAUUCAUCUAUUGAUGCAAUUGAUAUUCAUGCUAUUCUCUUAACUCCUAUACCUAAAGUUCUAUUAGUGAUUCAAUAUAGACCUGCCAUUGAAUGUUACUGUGUAGAAUUUCCUUCCGGCUUAAUUGAUCCGUCGGAUAAAGAUCCAAUCGAUUCAGCACAGAGAGAAUUAAAAGAAGAAACAGGAUAUUUAAUUCCAAAAGAACAGUUUGAAUUAAUUAAUGUACCUGUUGCUUAUGAACCAGGAUUAACAAAUUCAUGUUGCUAUGUUGUCAAUGUUACCAUAGAUACAACACAAUUAAUAGAAGCUCCUAUACAACAAUUAGAACCCGAUGAAUGGAGUCUACAGACAAUUAGUUUACCUGUAGAAGGCUUAUUAGAAAGUUUAAUAGGGUUAGUCAAGUCUUAUAAUGGAUUAUUAAUAAUUGAUAGUAGACUACAUUCAUUUGCAAUUGGUUUAGAAUAUUCUAAAUUCAAAUUUUGAUCAUUUUUAUUUAUUUAUUUAUUUAUUUACAGCAAAAGG